AAUCUUCUCCCAACACACUCGACGUUUUGCACUUUGCAAAAGUCAAGUCAGAUUUUGAUCGAAAGUCAGCCUAUACAAUGCCGUGGGGUAUACAGCGCCUCAAUGUGAAGAAGUCCCGCCCAAAUGACAACAUCAAUUUCAUCAAGCCACUCAGUGGGCCGGACGAGGCUAUCGCGCAAGACUUCCUCAAGCGCAUCGCAGCCCAGUGCCUGCCCGUAAUGCGCGAGCACCAUCUGUACGUCAUGUCUCUCGAAGAAUUCCCGCCGAAUCGAGAGUUUGUUGGGCGUAACUUCAAUGCCGGCGAGGUCAUCCAGCUGGUUCUCAAAUCACCGUCAUCAGGUCGGUGGCUCCCCUUUGAAUACGUGCAAAUGGUCAUGAUGCACGAGCUCGCACAUAUCAAGCAAAUGAACCACUCGAAAGCUUUUUGGGCGGUACGCAACGGCUACGCCACACAGAUGCGCGGGCUCUGGGCCAAGGGCUAUACAGGCGAUGGGAUUUGGGGUCGAGGAAAGGGCCUGGAGACGGGUAUGUGGGAGAAAGACACAGUCCGUGAGGGGGAGAUUUUACCGGAGCAUCUGUGUGGUGGGACAUACAGGUCGAGAGGACGGAAGCGAGGCAGGAAGCCCCAGCUGAGCUACCAGGAACGAAAGCAACGGCGCAUCGAGAAGAAAUUUGGUGUGGCUGGCCAGUCUCUCGGGGCUGACGAGGCGACGAAGACCCAGCUGGAGAAGGGAAAGAAGAUCAAGGGCAAACCACGUGUGGCAGGCAGUGCUCGCGGACGUGAUCUCCGCGCUGCCGCUGCUCUCGCUCGGUUCGAGCAGCAGAAAGAGGUGAAGGAAGAGGAAUUUGUCAAGGAGGACGACGACGACGGCGAAACGGCCUCGGACAGCGAUGAUGUCUACGAAGACGUCGACCCUGACACGAAGGAUGCCGUGGACAUUGAUGGUCAGACACUCAAGGACAAGAAGGGCAGGGGAAUGAUCAAAAUUUGCGAAGACGAGGAGGCCGAUGAUCCCGAAGUCAAGGGCGAGCUGCAGGAGCUGCAGGACGUGUUCCGAGGGGUCAAAGAGGAGCCCAUUGAUCUGGAGGAAGGUGUACCCACCAACAUCCCCAUGAGCACCACGACGAGUAAACAGAGUCCUGCUGCACGCGAGCGGAUCGCGAGUCUUGCACCGAAAUCAACGCGAGUCAAACGGGAGCCUGGGAGCCGCACAGAGUCCCCGUUGAACAGUAUACCGUCCGCACCACUGUCUGCAGCACAGGGGCCGGGCCAGCGAAUCACAUCACCACCAGGAGCAUCCUUUUCGAGAACAAGAGCUUCAGCGCAGCCAGGAUCACACGGUGACAUUGGAAAGGAAGAGACACCCACGAUGGCGUGUUCGACGUGUUCUUAUGCCAAUGUGACCGACGCCAUCACCUGUGCGAUGUGCGCCAACGUCUUGGACCCUGCUGUGACGCCCGGAAACUGGCGUUGUGAUCGCGCAACAUGCAAAGACACUGGCUACCGGAACACAGCUGACAGUGGAAUAUGUGGCCUUUGCGGCGCAAGAAAGGUGGUGCAGACCUGACUUGCGAACAUUGAUCUGGUCGCGGCAGGAUCUUGGCGUCCUCAUCAUCUUUACUAUAAUAGGCGGGCAACGUGCUCCUGGCGAUAGAGCCGCAGCAGGGCGUGCAACGAGCAGACACCAAGGAGAGUCCAGACCGCGACGGUUCUGGGGA